AUGACCCAUAAAUAUAAGCAUACUAACCGAUUAGAACGCAACUACCCUCAUAUUGAUAUAAACCAUCUACAAUCAAUCAACAAACCAACAAUCAUCAAGACCUCAAAGAAUUGGGUCCUACCUCCAAGACCAAGACCUGGUAGAAAACCAACUACACAAUCCAAUACACAAUCCCAAUCAUCAACAUCAUCAACAACUACAACAUUUCAACCGCAACAAGCUCAACCUCAACCUCAACAACCGAAAAAAACCAAAAAGAAAGAUGUUUCAAUUCAAAAUGCAUUGAAAAAGAUUCAAGAUGAAAAUCAAUCCUUAAAAUUAGAAUUAUCAAAAUUAGUAUCAGAUUUGAAAACUCUUCAAUCUGAAACUUCCCAAUUUGAAACUUCAAAUUCUUCAUCAUCAUCAUCACCAAAUUCAUUACAUAAAAAGAGAAACCAUUUAGAAAUGGAGGAUGAAUUAACUUCAUAUAAAUCAUUAUCAUUAUUUGAUGAAUCUGAUGAUGAUAAUUCUUCACAAAUCUCCACUCCAAGUUUGAUGUCAAAUAGUUCAAGUUCAAUAGGCUCAACUUUAUCAAGUGUUCCUGAAGAUGAUGUCUUGAAGAUUGAAGAUUUUUUAAAUCUAAGUUAUUUUGAAAAUUCCACAAAUGGUACAAUUUCAAUUCCUCCUACUUCACAACCUUCAAAGAAACCAAUUAUGGGGUUUAAGAAAAACGAACAACAUGAAAAUAUUGAGUUUCAAUUCUUAAAAGAUCAAGGUGUGUUUAAAGGUGACAAAGAUUUGUUUUUAGAAGUUGGAAACAAUAUCGAACAAGAAAUUAUUGAAUGGUGA